GCGAAAGGAGCGCGCUGAUUGGCUACGACGCGCCCGGGGGAGAGUCCUGAACGUUCCAUUUCCCCUGGCAGCAUUUAAGCCCAGUUGCAACGAGGAGGGCUUUUUUUCUUGCUUUCUGUCUUUGCAAACGCUUCGAAGGAUCCGAGUCCUGCCAUUCCCAAUAUCUGCUAUGGAUCAGUGCAACGAUCGAGGGGAGCCCAUCCCAAAAGAAGUCUGGGCCUCGCAUAACAAGAUGGUGAUGCAGCCGCUCGACUCCAACGACCCUGAAGUCUUUGACAUCAUCAAGAAGGAGAAGCGCCGGCAGAGGACGGGCUUGGAGCUCAUCGCGUCGGAAAAUUUUGCCAGCCGCGCCGUUUUGGAGGCCCUGGGCUCCUGCCUCAACAACAAAUAUUCGGAGGGUUAUCCGGGGCAAAGAUAUUAUGGUGGGACGGAGUUUGUGGACGAACUGGAGCGGCUGUGCCAGAAGCGGGCCCUUGAGGCCUAUGGGCUGGACCCCCAGAAGUGGGGCGUCAAUGUCCAGCCAUAUUCAGGGUCUCCGGCAAACUUUGCCGUUUACACGGCUCUGGUCGAGCCCCACGGGAGGAUCAUGGGCUUGGAUUUACCGGACGGGGGUCACUUGACCCAUGGCUUCAUGACGGACAAGAAGAAGAUUUCGGCCACCUCCAUCUUCUUCGAGUCCAUGCCUUACAAGGUCAACCCCGAGACGGGAUACAUAGACUAUGACCGUUUGGAGGAAAACGCUCGCUUGUUCCACCCGAAACUCAUCAUUGCAGGGGUCAGCUGCUACUCACGGAACCUGGACUAUGCCCGCAUGCGGAAGAUCGCAGAUGAGAACAGCGCCUACUUGAUGGCCGACAUGGCCCAUAUCAGCGGCCUGGUGGCGGCCGGCGUGGUGCCCUCGCCCUUUGUCCACUGCGAUGUGGUCUCUACCACGACCCACAAGACCCUGCGUGGAUGCCGGGCCGGGAUGAUCUUCUACCGGAAAGGAGCCCGCAGCGUGGACCCGAAAACGGGAAAGGAAAUCCUAUACAAUUUGGAAAGCCUCAUCAACCAAGCUGUGUUUCCAGGUUUACAAGGCGGGCCCCAUAACCAUGCCAUUGCAGGGAUCGCCGUUGCUCUGAAGCAAGCCAUGACUCCCGAGUUCAAAGCCUACCAGAGGCAGGUGGUGGCCAACUGCAAGGCUCUGUCGAAGACCCUCAUCGGUUUGGGGUACCACAUCGUCACGGGGGGAUCCGACAACCACUUGAUCCUGGUGGAUCUACGCAGCCGAGGGACCGACGGGGGCCGGGCGGAACGGGUCCUGGAGCUCUGCUCUAUUGCCUGCAACAAGAACACCUGCCCAGGGGACAAAAGCGCUUUGCGUCCCAGUGGCUUGCGGUUGGGGACGCCCGCCCUGACAUCCAGAGGGUUCGUGGAGGCAGAUUUCCAAAAAGUGGCCCACUUCAUUCAUAAAGGUAUCGAGAUCACCUUGCAGGUCCAGAACGAGAUGAGCCCCAAAGCGACGCUCCGAGAAUUCAAGGAGAAGCUGCUCUCCGAUGAAAAGUACCGAGCGCUGAUGGCGUCUCUGAAGGAGGACGUGGAGACCUUUGCCGACUCCUUCCCGCUCCCCGGUUUGCCCGUCCUGUAAAGGAGCAUUAUGGGAUGUUGCACCCAAACACACAAGAAGAGUGGCGUUUUCUUUCCCGGUGAAGUCUCCGGUCUCUGGACAAUGCUAUUCUCAUUUAAUACAGAUGGAAAGAUAAGUUGCACCGUUUUCCCAUUAUCCCCUUUUUCUCUGGAGUUUUGCAAUUUGCACUUGAAUCGAUUUCACCGUGUAACACCAUUUCCUAAUUGAUUCCGUCAUAAAAACAAUUAGGAAAUCGUUUUACUUAGCGAAAUCCUUGCGUAUUUCCCAAUUGGUCCUAUCAUAAAAACAGGAGUCGCGGUGGCGCAAUGGGUUAAUAAACCCUUGUGCCGGCUGAACUGCUGACCUGAAGGUUGAGUUGCUGACCUGGAGAUCGCUGGUUUGAAUCCACGAGACAAGGUGAGCUCCCGUCUGUCAGCUCUAGCUUGUGGGGACAUGAGAGAAGCCUCCCAGCUAACACAGCUGGGCAAUGCCCCCUGGGCAACGUCUGUGUAGACGGCCAGUUCUCUCACACCAGUAUGUUCUCAAGUCGCUUCUGACACUAUUUUUUUUAAAAUUAUAAAAACAUGGAAACUGCAAAAACUUUGUUUUCAUGGGACAUCUCUAUAGGAAUCUUCUAUGUAUGUCAGUGUUCACGAAAGCAAGGCAAGCUACAAAAUAAUGAGGAUUAAUCCUUGCAUCUCUGCAAAACAGGAUGUGUUUUCUAUCCCAAUUGUACAGCUUUGUACAAGAAAUAUCAACCCAAAAAAAGGAUGGUCCAGACACUUUUUACUGAGCACAAUAAAAUUAAAAAGGUGGCCACAAGGGUUCGAGAAGCUUUAAAAAAUACAACAAAUAUACACAUUUGUAUUUCAAAAAUAUUUGAACCCCAAUAAAUAAUUUGCUUCCAAUGUA